CUUUCUCGUUAAUUAAAAAAUAAGUAGAAACUAUAUAUUUAGAAAAAUACAAUUUCCAAAUAUUGCACUUUUUUCUCUCUCUUCUUUCUCUAUCAUUCUAAACUUGUUAGUUUUUACGUAUGGAAUUUGGAAAUCCUUGUUUUACAUGGUCUUUAUUUUUAUUUAUUAAUUAUGUUAUUCAAUUAAGGCCUUUUCUGGGUUUGAUUUCUUCAUUUUAAUCGUAAAUUCAUCCAAAUUUUGGUAUCAAAAAAUUAAAAGAGGAAACAUUCAGGAGGUGUUUGUUUUAAGAAAAUUGCAUGUUCUGUUACGGACAAUCUCCCAGGAGAAGAAUGGGCGAAGGCUCAAAAAUGGACUUUUUAAAGCUGGAUGAUUCUCCUAUGUUUAGGACUCAGCUUCAGUGCUUGGAAGAAAACUCUGAACUGCUGAAGGAUCGAAGUUUGAAGUUUUACAAAGGAUGUCAUAAGUACACGGAAGGGCUUGGAGAGGGUUAUGAUGCAGAUGUUGCUUUUGCAAGCGCUCUUGAAACAUUUGCGGGAGGGAAUAAUGAUCCUUUAGGUGUUUCUUUUGGAGGCCCUGUCAUGGCAAAAUUUACUAUCGCGUUGAGAGAGAUCGGUACGUACAAGGAAGUUCUUCGAUCGCAGGUGGAGAACUUACUGAACGUGAAGCUGCUACAAUUUGUGAAUGUUGACCUGUAUGAUGUCAAGGAAGCUCGAAAACGCUUUGACAAGGCUGCCACUUCGUAUGAUCAGGCCCGUGAGAAGUUUUUGUCACUAAAGAAAAGUGCCAGGAAGGAUACAGUUGCCAGCAUAGAGGAGGAACUUCAUACUGCAAGAGCUGUGUAUGAUCAAGCACGCUUCAAUUUGGUUACUUCUCUGUCAAAUGUGGAAGCGAAAAAACAUUAUGAGUUUCUGGAAGCUGUUAGCCGAUCGAUGGAUGCACAUCUCCAUUACUUUAAGCAGGGUUAUGAAUUGCUGCAUCAGAUGGAACCUUUCAUGAAGCAGAUUCUUGACUAUGCAGAGCAGUCAAAACAAAAUUCCAGCAAUGAGCUCACAUCCCUCAAUGAAAAGAUGAAAGAGUACAAAAGGCAGAUAGAUGAACAAAGUAGACAAUCUGUAAAUGGGUCUCGUGAUUAUCAUGGAAUGGAAUGUGCACCACCUUUUACCAAAAGCACUGAUAAAGCAAUAGAAGAAGUUAUGCAGUCUUCUGCAAAUGGAAAGGUCCAAAUCAUUCAACAAGGAUAUCUAUUCAAACGUUCUUCUAGUUUGAGGGCUGACUGGAAAAGAAGGUUUUUUGUUCUUGACAGUCGAGGGAUGUUAUACUAUUAUCGAAAGUCACGGAGCAAGGCAUCAAUGGCAACCGGUAGGCUUUCUAGUCCACUUCAUAGUUCUGUUGAUCCUGGCUCAGUACUUGGUCGAUGGAUCUCUACUCAUCACAACAAUGUUUCCAAUAGUGAAGAAAAGUCCGUGGCACGUCACACUGUCAACCUGCUUACAUCAACGAUUAAACUUGAUGCUGAACAGUCAGAUAUGAGAUUUUGCUUCAGGAUCAUCUCGCCUGUGAAGACCUACACGUUGCAGGCUGAGAAUGCAACAGAUCAGAUGGAGUGGAUUGAGAAGAUAAGAGGUGUAAUUGCUUCAUUAUUGACUUCACAAGCCAUUGAAGGGCGUCUUUCAUCGUGGGGGGAUCAAAGGGAUGCAGUCAGUAUGACAGAUAGUGGUUCCUCUGAAUGUUCUUCUAUUGGCGAUCCAACAGUCACUGAAGAAGGUUCUUCAAAUUCCUUUGGGCCUCGUAGUUUCCAGCAGCAACGACAUAGUGUGAGAGUUGAAAAACCUAUUGACGUCUUAAGAAAAGUGACUGGUAAUGAGAAAUGUGCUGAUUGUGGUGCUAAUGGACCUGAUUGGGCUUCCUUAAACCUUGGAAUUCUCAUUUGCAUUGAAUGUUCUGGUGUACAUCGCAAUCUUGGAGUUCAUAUAUCGAAGGUGAGGUCAUUAACACUUGAUGUAAGAGUGUGGGAGCCUUCGGUUAUAUCUUUGUUUCAAUCCCUAGGUAAUGUCUAUGCAAAUUCAGUGUGGGAAGAAUUUUUGCAUGCCCAAAACUAUUCCCAAGCAGAUGAACGACCGGUAAUUUUCCCGAAGUCCGAGCAACAUAAACCGGCAUUCAUGAAAAAGCCUACAUCGAAUGAUCCCGUCGCAGUCAAAGAGUUGUUUAUUCAUGCAAAGUAUGAAGAAAAAAUCUUUGUUCGAAAGGCAAAGGGAAAUCAAAAUACAUUCUCUGUGCCGCAACAGAUGUGGGAGAGUGUUCGUGCCAAUAAUAAGAAAGCAGUUUAUCACCUUAUUGUAUGCUCUGAAGCAGAUGUUAAUGCCAUACAUCGACAACCAUCAACUGCUAAAUCAUUUAUUAUGCCAAGAAUGAGAAAUUCAGAUGAGACUCCCCUCGUUCGCGAUGCUGAUAGAGGUAGAGCAAAAUCGGUUGACAGGACUGCCUCAAGAUCAUUGAGCUCACUAAUGAAAGGAAAAGAUGCCUCUAGAGAAAAUUCUCUUGAUGGAUGUUCUUUGCUUCACCUUGCCUGCCAAUUUGCUGAUGUAGGCAUGGUUGAACUUCUCCUACAGUAUGGUGCAAAUGUAAAUGCUGUGGAUUCAAGAGGUCGAACACCACUUCAUCACUGUAUCACAGAACAGAAAACUGAUACAGCAAAAGUACUUCUAAUGAGGGGAGCUAGCGGAAGGACCAUCGACAACAUAGGGAAAUCUGCAAUGCAGCUGGCUUUGGAUUUGAAAUUAAACGAUGUUGAUCUUUUGGCACUCUUAACAGAUAAUAAUAUCAGAUAGUGAAAAGAAAGAAUCAAGGAAUCCGAAGCAUAUAUAUACCACACAAAAUUGAAUAGCGAGGAGUUAAGAGAUGCAGCAUUUUGCAUCCUUCCCUGAAGCUCAUACAGGUCAUAUCUUGGUUCAUCAUUUUUCUUGACAGUCUUAUCCGAGGUUCACACUUCAAACACAUAUUUUACCAAAGUAUAGCUUCCAUCAUGUAUAAGACUACCCUCAUUCCUUCCUUUUUCAUUUUUGCUUGCAAUUUUCUGAUUCCCCGGUAUAGUGUUGGGUUUUGUAACUAAUACUGGUAGGUGAGGUCACUGAUGUGGGCUUUUGGAGAUUGUGAAUCCCUCUUUCUUGGUUAUGCAGUAAGAAACGGGACGGAGAGGACUGGAUUUUGUCUAACAAACUGAUGAUACUAGAUCAUCCUCAUAGGUGAUAAGUAGCUUGUACAAUUAUGUAAUUAUAUUCCAUUCAUUUGUAUAGAUUUUCAGCACGCGUCCAAGCGCAUGAUUUUAUUUUGGUAUUUUCUCCAUCGAAAUUGGAUAUCAACAACUGUUCUAAAGUGUUUGUAGCUUUAAUCCUCUUUCUGGGGGUAAAACAAAAAAGAUUGGGCAUAAUAUACUAGCUGAUGCAAGGGUUGAGCA